UUAUAUCGUGUGUAAAUUGCGUCAGUUUAUUUUUAUAUAAAACUCAGCAAAUGUGAAAGCCAUGUCAUUUUGUGAGGAACAAGUUGAAACAGGAUGGUGAACCAGCAAAGUGAUUUGUUUCGUUUAUUUUCUAUACUGAUGGUGUUUGUGUUGACGCAAGUGAAUGGACAACACAGAUGUAAUUUAUCCAAUGUGGAUUUACAGCUAAGUGGAGAUCAAGGCGUAAUACGAUCACCAAUGCUUCCAAAUGGAAAGUAUCCGUCCCUACAAUCGUGCAGUUGGCAGAGUUCCGCGACUGUGUUGCUCGUCUUUACAUCUAUCGAUGUUAUUCAAAUGAGCAGCGGUCUAUGCGAAGACUAUGUUGAAAUAGGUUCCUUCCGUAUGUGUGGUUACGAACCGAUAAACAAAUGCUUUCUACUUCAGCAAAGCGGAAACACUGGGUGUUUGGAAUCCGCACGGAAACACUGUUCGCAUCAGGUGCUACCAGUCAGUUAUAGGCACGGAGAAGUUUUGAAAUUUUAUUCCAACGCCCGAAACGAAGGAAGUGGUUUCGUCAUGAAUUAUACUGUGCUUAAAUGCGAUCGACCAAUGGUUACUACCAUUGAAGAUACAACGCACAAAACAGAUAAAACGACUCAAGCUUCUACAACACAGCUACCUGCAGCUGUAAGAGGGAAUCGUAGCUUCCCACUCAGUCUGCUUCUUCUCGUCAUAUUAGCUUGUGUCAUAUUAUUGACAUCGAUCGUGCUUGGGUGUAUUUAUCAUAGGCGUAAAACGCGUGAUUUCGAACACACAUAUUUCGACACGACUCAACCCACGAUGACAUCCAAUACAGACGUUCCAACGCAAAGCGUUAGGUUUAAUACUCUGCACGAGGAAGUGACAUCUAACGGUGAAGCAACACAGAUAGAAGACAUUGAAACGGCGACAAAUUUUUACGAGGAAAUUCGUGAUAAAGAAGCAAACGCAAGGCUAGAAGAAGACGAAGUAUAUUUUCAUACCAUAACCCAACAACAUGUAGUAUAUGAUCCGGUGGCAUCAGAUCAAAUAGAAUCGACCACAAAUCGCGUACCGAGUGAUGGUUUAAACGACACUGAAAACCGAAUACUAGUUGCAAACAUUUUGUAUAACGAUAGUGAUUUAUCUGAAAAUACUUAAACGCCGAUACUUAACUAUAAAAGUAUUUUCUGUGUCCAUUUAAAACAACGGUCUAUGGAAGCGGUUAUAUACCUCUAUAGAAGUUCUUUGUUUACUAACAAAUAGAACGAGAAAAUAAAGAACAAUAAGUGCAUCCCAUCUUCCCACACCCUACUAUAUGUUCUGAAUGUAUCUUCUUGAUUUCUAAGCAUGUUGUAAAUAUUGCGUCAUUGCGUUGCGUCAUUAGCAUAAAUUUACAUUCACAACACCCGAUGUGCGCAACAACCUAGGUGCGCAACAACCUAGAUGUGCAACACUAUACAUGUUCAGUUUGUUGAAUAAAGUAAGAAUUGCAA